GCGGGCGGUGCAGGUGCCGGGCCCGGAGCGAGCGGCGGCGGCGGCGGCGGCGGCGGCACCAUGGGCCGGGCCCGGCGCUUCCAGUGGCCGCUGCUGCUGCUGUGGGUGGCCGCGGCGGGGCCAGGGGUGGGACAGGAAGUACAGACAGAGAAUGUGACAGUGGCCGAGGGUGGGGUGGCUGAGAUCACCUGCCGUCUACACCAGUAUGAUGGAUCCAUAGUUGUCAUCCAGAACCCAUCACGGCAGACACUCUUCUUCAAUGGCACCCGUGCCCUGAAGGAUGAGCGUUUCCAGCUUGAGGAAUUUUCCCCUCGCCGAGUGCGGAUCAGGCUCUCAGAUGCCCGCCUGGAGGACGAGGGAGGCUACUUCUGCCAGCUGUAUACGGAGGACACCCACCACCAGAUUGCCACGCUCACUGUACUAGUGGCCCCGGAGAAUCCUGUGGUGGAGGUCCGAGAGCAGGCGGUGGAGGGCGGCGAGGUGGAGCUCAGCUGCCUAGUUCCGCGGUCGCGCCCCGCCGCUGUCCUGCGCUGGUACAGGGACCGCAAGGAACUGAAAGGAGUGAGCAGCGGCCAGGAAAAUGGCAAGGUCUGGAGCGUGGCGAGCACAGUGCGGUUCCGCGUGGACCGCAAGGACGAUGGCGGCAUUGUCAUCUGCGAGGCCCAGAACCAGGCUUUGCCCUCUGGACACAGCAAGCAGACGCAGUACGUGCUGGACGUCCAGUAUUCCCCCACGGCCCGGAUCCAUGCCUCCCAAGCCGUAGUGAGGGAGGGCGACACGCUGGUGCUGACAUGCGCGGUUACGGGGAACCCUAGGCCAAACCAGAUCCGCUGGAACCGCGGGAAUGAAUCUUUGCCAGAGAGAGCCGAGGCAGUGGGGGAGACGCUCACGCUGCCCGGCCUGGUAUCAGCGGAUAAUGGCACUUACACCUGCGAGGCAUCGAACAAGCACGGCCACGCGAGGGCGCUCUACGUGCUCGUGGUCUAUGACCCCGGUGCGGUGGUAGAGGCUCAGACGUCAGUUCCCUACGCCAUUGUGGGUGGCAUCCUGGCGCUACUGGUGUUUCUGAUUAUUUGUGUGCUAGUGGGCAUGGUCUGGUGCUCUGUACGACAGAAGGGUUCCUAUCUAACCCACGAGGCCAGUGGCUUGGAUGAACAGGGAGAAGCAAGAGAAGCCUUCCUUAAUGGCAGUGAUGGACACAAGAGGAAAGAAGAAUUCUUCAUCUGACCCUACCCCCACCCCAGGCCUGGGUCUGGGCUGGGGUACCCCCCCACUGCCAGCUGCAAGGAACCAGCAAAGACAUUUACCAGAGUCUGGGAUGGUGGGCUUCUCCCCCCACCACUAACACCUCAGACACUUGGGCAGGGAUGGGGGUGUUGGAUGCCUGGAUCUCUGCCAGGGCCACAACUGAGGGGCCCAGAGGUCUGAGCCCCCCAGGAGGCAGGGGAUCAAGGUCCAGAACUUCCCCAAGUCCAGGUAGGACAGUAGGGAUUGGGUUUGGGGAAGAUAACUAGGGGAAGGCCAGGGCCCCUAGACUACAGAACCAGGUCUUAUGGGGAGGGAGUCAGAUUCUGGGAAGGGUGGGUGGGCAGGGAAGGGAAACAGAGAUUUCUUUGGGGGUCUCAGACCCCAUGCCAGCCAUUGUAAGAGUUCCACAGAGCUCUGGGCACCUCUUUGCAAAGCCAUGUUUGCACGGUGGGGGGAGGGGCGGGGGGAGGGCAUGGAAAUAGGGAUUCUGUGUCUUUGUGUCAUAACUGAUGGGGGCAGUGAGGGAGACAGCCCCAACCCGUAUCUCCAAUCUCCCUUCCCCAGGUUCCUGGGCGUCCCUUCCCUCCUCCUCCCCUGCGUCUGUCCCACCCAUAUUUGUGUAUUCACCCACUCCUGGGGGGGCCUUCCCAUCUCUCCUCCAGGCCCCCCCAGGAGGGGAAAAGGAGUAUGGGGGGGGAAUGCGUGAUCUCUAUGGUUUUAUAUAUAAUAUAUUAAAAAAAAACAAAAAUCUGUAUGAAAAUAUCAGAUUGCACCCCUCCCCCAACUCCUGGCCUUUGCCCUUUUUUUCUUGUUUAAAACACACACACACACACACACACAGGCACACGCACACGCACACGCACACACAUUUUUGUACGGGGAAGGGAGGGGAUAGGGAGGGGGUUUGGCAAUCCCACUAACCAUCAUUAAACUGAGGAGAGAACAA